GGACAGUCGAUGCUCUCGCUCUUUGCUCAAUUCACCGACCUUGGUUGAUUUUCAGGACGCAGGCGGUGAGAGACUGCUAACUUUCCAGCGUUCUUUGAAAACAGGAAGAGGAAGUAAAGCAAGAGCACGAGCGCAUUCUUAUAGGUCAUCACAGCCUGACAUGCCGGUGUUUCCACUGCAGCCAUGGAGCACGUAACUGUUAGCGAGGAGCCGUCCGCUACACUAAUGUACCAUGUGGAACGACCCAUAUUCAGUGAAGCCUAUAUUGACUCAGAGCUUCUGCACAAGAGGAAGAAGACACCCAAACCCUAUAAACUGAGAGUAGCAGAGCAUCUCUGCUGUUCGUCUGAGAAAGUCAAGUCUGUUGUAUUUGGUUUUCUACCCAUUUUAACAUGGCUGCCAUCAUAUCCACUAAAGGAAUAUCUUUUUGGGGACAUUGUCUCAGGAAUCAGCACAGGUGUAAUGCAGCUACCUCAAGGUCUUGCUUAUGCAAUGCUGGCAGCUGUCCCUCCAGUGUUUGGCUUAUAUUCAUCAUUUUAUCCCGUCCUGUUAUACACAUUCUUUGGUACCUCCAAACAUAUAUCAAUAGGCACAUUUGCUGUAAUCAGUCUGAUGAUUGGUGGGGUUGCUGUAAGAGAGGCCCCAGACUCCAUGUUUAUGGUCAAUGGGACCAAUUCUUCACUGGUUGUGAAUAUUGAGGCCCGUGAUUCCAGAAGAGUGGAGGUGGUUGUAGCUCUGACAACUCUAGUAGGAAUCAUCCAGUUUGUACUGGGUCUGCUGAGGUUUGGUUUCCUGGCGAUUUAUCUGACUGAGCCGCUGGUGCGAGGUUUCACCACUGCCGCGGCUGUGCACGUCUCAGUGUCGCAACUCAAGUACCUGCUGGGAGUGAAGACUGCACGCUUCAAUGGGCCUCUUUCUGUAGUGUAUAGUCUCGAUGCUGUCCUCAGGAACAUUGCAGACACUAAUAUUGUCACUCUAAUUAUUGGGCUGGGGUGUACUGUGUUCCUGUACAUCAUCAAACAGCUCAACGAACGCUUCAAGAAGAAGCUACUUAUCCCCAUCCCUGGAGAAAUCAUAGUGGUAAUUGUGUCCACUGGUAUCUCAUACGGGAUGCUUAUGUCUGAAAACUAUGGUGUGGACGUUGUGGGUAAAAUUCCUACCGGGUUGCUGCCACCCAAGGUUCCAGACUUCUCAGUUUUUCCAAACCUCUUUGCAGACGCCGUUCCUAUAGCUGUUGUUGGAUUUUCCAUUACAAUCUCAUUAGCCAAAACCUUCGCUCUAAAGUAUGGCUACAGUGUUGAUGGAAAUCAGGAGCUCAUCGCGCUGGGACUUUGUAACUUUGUCAGUUCGUUCUUCCACACGUUUGUCGUCACCGCCUCAAUGUCUCGCAGCCUGGUACAGGAGAGCACUGGAGGACAUACUGAAAUUGCAGGUCUCUUGGCGUCCCUACUUGUGCUACUGGUGGUGGUGGCCAUUGGAUUUGUCUUUCAGCCAUUACCCACGACGGUGUUGGCUGCUAUCAUCAUGGUUAAUCUCCUGGGGAUGUUUAAGCAAACAAGGGAUAUUCCAGUUUUAUGGAGAAAAAGCAAGAUUGAACUGGCAAUUUGGCUGGUGUCUUUUUUUGCAUCGGUUCUCCUGGGCCUGGAUUAUGGUUUGGCGGUUGCCAUGGCUUUUGCUAUACUCACCGUGAUUUACAGAACACAACGCCCCAAAAAUGUCGUUCUUGGACAAAUCCCAGAUACAGGAUUGUACUUUGAUGUGGAUGAAUAUGAAGAGGCUGAGGAAUGCUCAGGGAUUAAGAUUUUUCAGUCCAAUUCCUCCAUCUACUUCGCAAACAGUGAGCUGUAUGUCAAGGCCCUCAAGGCAAAGACUGGAAUUGACCCGGAAAAACUGCUUGAUGCCAAGAAAUUACAGCUCAAAUAUGCCAAAAGAGACACAGAGGGUACAAAGACUGUAAACCAAGGCUCUUUGCUGAAGAAAAAUGCAGUCGUCUUAUUGGACAUGGAGCUGGGCGUCACUCAUGAAGUCCUGAACGGGCCACAAAAACCAAAGCAUGUACACACCAAUGGCCAGAUGACCGAGAAACACAUCGAAUCUGAAUCUGAGGAUGAAUUCUUUCUGCAGCGUCUCACCCCCAUUCACUCCGUCAUCCUGGACUUUACUCCUGUUAACUUUAUUGACUCUGUAGGAGCCAAAACCAUUAAAUCAGUGAUCAAAGAGUAUGCAACAGUUGACGUGAAGGUUGUACUUGCUGGAUGUAGCAGGACCCUUCUGUCUGAACUCAGGACGCUCCAGUUCUUCAGUGAGCCUGUGACCCCUGACCUCAUUUUCCCCACCAUUCAUGACGCAGUACUGCAGUGUAAACGUUGGAGGGAUCUUCCCGUCCACCCAAACAUCCACUGAACACAAACAAAACACCCAGGUGACCUCUGGGUUUGAGCGGGUAGGGCUGGAGUGGCGCUAAUAUGGAUGGCGUUGUGCUGGAACGAGCACAUGUACUGUUACUCCUAAGUCGCUUUGGAAGUCACCGAGCCCAAAAUGUUUUAGAUUUCAAAAAACACUUUAUUUAAUGCCAAUAUACCAGCAACUGUUGGGCUUAAUAUUGUGGCUACUCUGGUUAUUAUCGCAAUAGCCAUGUUUUUAAGAUACUGACGACUGUAAAACACUCUGUACCUUCAGUUAUUUUAAGUGCAAUUAGGGUGGAUGGAUUAAUGACCAAUUUAGGUUUUUAGCGCUGGUCUAAAUCUUUUAAUGACAUUCCAGCGAGCUUAUUUUUAUGAUAGAAAUUUAGUUUUAAAGUUGUACACGGUGUGCUUGCUGUUUGGCAAUACAAAUUAGGCUAAUCAUGAGUAUUUCUGUUUUAUUAUUAUUUGGUGCCGUUUCUGAUCUGGCUGUAGUAUUCAGUCGUUUUAAAAAGCAGCUUAAUUUGUUACUUAAUAUCGCACAGUUGGCGAAGAUGCUGCUUUUGAUGUUAUGAUAUACUUUAAUCUGACGUUUCUGAGAAAAACAACUUCGUUUGCUGCCAGAUAUUGAUUGUGCUUUUUCGCUUUAGGGUUUUACAGCCCCUUUAGUUCAAUCGGUGACAUUUUUUUUGGCUAAUAGUUUAUCUAGGUCACACCAGGGUUAGUUUGAACCUACUGUUUGUAUUUAUUUUCUUUGUGUGACUUCAAAAAACAUUAUUAUCACAAAGUGUUCUUGGUUAUUGAUUAUUGAAACAGCGCAUUUCAAGCAGCAGACAUCACAUGAAGCGUUACAUGAAGUCUCUGAUGUUUGACGCAGACACUGCCUAUGAAAUGGUCACUCCGGGCACUCUUUGUGCUCAUAAGGAUUUUAUAAAUAUAUAUAUUUUAUUCUGUACUAAUAUUUAGAUGCUGUUUUAUUGGGGGGUAAUGAAGACCAAAGUUCAACAAUCAGUUGCAACGGCAGUGUAUUUUAUUGUCUUUUUAUGCAUUUGUGAAUUUAGGAUAUUUUUUAUUGUAUAAUAAAUGCAAAUCACAACUCUAAA